AUGCUUUUAAACGUGACAGGACGGAGACAGAGACGAGCUACAACAACAUGUACGACUGUGGACUCCCCUCUGGACACUGUGAUCCAGCAAAUUACAUCCAUUUACAACGGAAGACUCAAAGUGGAGAGAAUAUGUGCAGAAAUGGCAGAACUGGCAGAUCAUGGCAUCACGCUGCCACAGUGCAUGCAGGGCCUAACAGAGGAGCAAGUAGUGGAGUUGAAGCUCGUAGAUGAAUGGGAAGAGACGUGUGUUCCGAGUGGUGGUCCAGUGCUGAGGAAGGAUGACAUUGGAAGAAGAAAUGGACACGCUCCAAAUGAAAAAAUGAAGGAGGUUUUGAUGAAAACAUCAGAUGAAGCAAAAUCACUCAUUUCAAAGAAACAAGCUCAGGCUAAUGUCUGUGUCACUAUGGACAUGGUGAAAGAGGCUCUUGACAUGCUCAGAGGAGCAGUGAUGAUUGUUUAUCCCAUGGGUCUGCCGCCGCACGACCCUGUCCGCAUGGAGAUAGAAGACCGUGAAGAUCUUUCAGGAACACAGGCGUUUCUGCAAAUUGUUCCUGAGGAGGACUGUCAGCUCUGGUGGGCAGCUAAAGAAUUGCAGAGGGGUAAAAAACUCCAGGACUAUAUUGGGAAAAAUGAAAAGACAAAAAUCGUGGUAAAAAUUCAAAAGAAAGGCCAGGGGGCGCCAGCGAGGGAACCAUUGAUCACAGAGGAACAGCAUAAACAGAUGCUGAUUCAGCAUCACAGGAGACAAGAGGAGCUCAAGAAACUAGAGGAGGCAGAUGACGACAGCUACCUGGAUUCUGAUUGGUCGGACAGACAGGCUCUUAAAAGACAGUUUCAAGGCUUGACCAACAUCAAGUGGGGACCAAGAUGA